AGAAUUAACUAAUGCAAAAAAUUCAUUCAAGGGAAAAUGGGGACCGAAGCUUCAGCGAGACUUGUCAGCUUUAUUCUUAUAAGCCUCAUGUUUACUCUUUGUCAGCUUGGUUCUGAAUUCAAAUAUCAGAGUAUAGCUCGAAAGUUGCCCGAUGAAGAAGUGGGAGCUCUUAAUCAAAUUACAGAGAAGUUGUACUUAUAUGAUGGCUCAUUUUGCAAUGAGAGCAUUCAUGAUGGCAUCAUCAGAUGUAACUGCAGUUUUCAAGACGGCACCAUUUGCCAUGUCACAGAAAUCUUUCACAUUUUGAGUGACAGUGCACUGGGGGCUAAAAGUUUAAGUGGAGGUAUACCUGAAGAACUAGGCAAUCUCACACAUCUGAGGGAACUGGAUCUCAGUAACAAUCAAUUGACUGGAUCUAUACCCGCUAGCUUUGGAAAGUUAUCUUCACUUUACAAGCUGGAUCUCAGUAUCAAUCAAUUGACUGGUUCUAUACCCGCUAGCUUGGGAAAUUUAUCUUUGGGCAUACUGGAUUUGUCAUACAAUCAAUUAAGUGGACCCGUACCAGCCACUUUAAGGAAUGUGCAGCCUGUGGCAUCUGAUCCAGAUGCCUACCGACUUGAAGGAGACGGGGGAUAUUUCUACCUGUUUCUUUCACACAAUCAACUGACUGGGCCUAUACCAGAGAGCUUAGGGAACUUGACUUUCAUCAGUUAUAUUGUUCUGGCGAACAACUAUCUCAACGGCUCUAUACCAGCAUCUUUGGGUGCGCUGACUCAUCUGAAUGGACUGAGUUUGCGUAACAAUGGAAUCUCUGGUACUCUUCCACAAGCACUAGGAAAUUUGACAACCCUUAGAUACUUCGGGGUCGCAUCUAACAGUAUCAAUGGGACAUUACCAAAAAGUUUUGCCAGCCUUACGAGUCUGUAUUCAUUUUCAAUAUCUGGGAACUAUUUGUCUGGCCCUUUACCCGACUUCAUAGCCAACUGGACUUCAAUCGACUAUCUUUUUCUCAACGGAAACAAUUUCAACGGGAAGAUACCUGCCGGGAUUUUUAAUUUAUCAUAUCUAGAAAUUUUGUCAAUAAGUGAUGUCAAAGCAGACUCUCAUUUCCAGUUCCCACCAUCUAUACAUGUGGCAGAAAGUUUUAGUGUAUUGAUACUAAGAAAUUGCUCAAUCACCGGUCAUAUUCCUUCUUACAUUGGAGAUAUGUCAUCAUUAAAGAACAUAGACUUGAGCUUCAACAGGUUAACGGGUAGAAUCCCAGAUUCUUUGAAAAACUUAAAUGUAACUCACAUGUCUUUUUCAAACAAUAUGCUUUCUGGGGAAAUUCCUGAUUGGAUUCAAAAUGGUUCAAUAUGGAGUAAGAUGGAUUUUUCAUACAAUAAUUUUUCAAAGCUAAACUUUAAACCGUCACCCAAUCUAAAACUGAAUUUGUUUUCCUGCUGCUGCAACUCCUCAACCUGUCUGCCAAAUACGGAAUACCCAACCAAGGAGAAGUAUUGUCCCCGGGGAAAACAUGAUUACCAUUCAUUGUUCAUAAAUUGUGGUGGUGAGGAAACACAUGAUGCUGUUGGAAAUGUUUAUGAUCAAGAUAAUGAUACGUCACUAUUUUACCUGAGUCAAAAAAAAAAUUGGGCUCGGAGUAGCGUUGGAAACGCCUACGACUAUGCUUCCAAUGGCAAUUCUAGUAAAUUGUUAAAAAGCGUAAGAUGUGGGCUUUCAUCUGAAGCACGUUUAUACGAUAACGCUCGCACUUCCCUUGUCUCUCUAACAUAUUACGGGUUCUGCUUACAUAAAGGCAAAUACAAUGUAACUCUUCUCUUUGCUGAGAUUGUUGAUGAGGUUACAGAUAUUCAUGAGGAUAUUGAUUUUAGAAGUACGGGUAAACGCGUAUUUGAUGUAUAUAUUCAGGGCGAGAGAAAACUAAAGGAUUUCAACAUUAUAGACAAGGCAGGACGUACGAAUAAAGAAUAUAUGAUAAAUUUCACGGCUGUUGAUGUAAAUGAUGGUAAAUUAGAGAUCCACUUCUACUCUCGAUCGGCUGGAGUAGGGACACUUGAUGGCCCUCUCAUAUCUGCUAUAUCCGUAACUCCAGAGUACAAGCAACAGCUAUCUCCUUUGCAAACAGCGCUCAUUACUGUGGCUUCAAUCAUAGUUUUCUUGUUGCUUUUAUUACUUUUUGCCUGGAUGAUGGGAUGGCUGGGGAAUACAGAUCACUUACAAGAAAUAGAUAUAGGUAUAGAAAAGCCUGUCACCCUCAAACAAUUAAAAGAUGCCACUCGGAAUUUUAGCAAGAGGAAUGAGAUUGGUCAAGGGGGUUUUGGAACCGUUUACAAGGCUGAAGUACAAGGGAAAAUUGUGGCCGUGAAGAAACUUUGCUCUCAUUCAGAGGAAAGGAUCAAUGAGUUCAUAAAUGAAUUUUAUACCUUAAAAUCAAUGAGUCAAGAGAACCUUGUUCAGUUGCUGGACAUUUACAACGCAAAAGGCCUGCAUUUGCUCGUCUAUGAAUAUAUGGAGAACAACUCCCUUGCACAUGCCUUAUUUGACUCAAAGUCCAGAUUGAAACUUGGUUGGGAAGUUAGGUUUAACAUUUGCUUGGGAAUAGCUAGGGGAUUGAUGUAUCUACAUGAGCAUCCCAGGAUGAAGAUAGUUCACAGCGACAUUAAAUCCGCUAAUAUUCUUCUUGAUGGAAACCUUAAGGCUAAAAUAUCAGACUUUGGAUUGGCAAGACUUCACACCAAAGAUGAUGAAUUGAAGUUCAUCAAAGUAGAAGUGCCACAAGGAUAUAUGGCACCUGAGUAUGUUCGAGGAAUUGCGACAUCUAAAGCUGAUGUCUACAGUUUUGGGGUGGUUAUACUUGAAACUGUGAGUGGAAGGACAAAUGCAGGACACAGGAGAGAUAGCCAGGAAAGUGAAUUUCUUCUAGACACGGCUUAUGAUUUACAUCGAAAAGGAAGGCUGGUGGACUUGGUUGACAAAACCUUGUCUACCAAGUAUGAUGCAAAACAAGCCAUAAUCAUCUUGAAUUUAGCAGUAAAGUGCACCAGUAUAUCUCCAACACUGAGGCCUACUAUGUCUGAAGUAGUGAGUGUUCUCGUUGGCGACAAAAAAAUUGAGGAGAUUUGUCCCCCUGCUCUUAAUGAUAGUCACCUUGCUCGAGCUGAUUCCUCUAUUUCUAUGGAAGCAACUUCGAGAGCAUCCACAUCAUCCUAUUUGAUCAAAGGGGAAGAUGAAACAGAACACAUUUCUGAGAGUACCCCCUUGAGACGUCCAAAUGAAACAUGGAUCCACCUCGGAUUUAACUCUGUACUUCCCCUAAAAGUGGACAACCCAAAAUAACAAACCUGAAUAAGAAGACUUUAAGCCAAGGAUCACAAAUUGAAAAUACUCAAUCCUGUUGAAGGAUAUCGACAUUGAGUGUGCCUCUUCAAAGUAGGGUUUAGUUCUAGAGUUGUAAUAGGAGAGAAUGUUCUAAAUUUCCUAAUUAUAUUCGGAUUUUAUUUCCUUGUAUGACAAGAUUAUGUACUUUGUAAAUCCCUAUAUAAAGGGCUCCUAUAUAUUAUCAAUAAUAGAAUACACA